AUGAGGCUUCCAAGGAGGAAGUUUAGCACCUUUUGGAAAGUUUUAUUGGGGAAUGUUUUUUUAAUAAUACUAUGCUUAUCGAAUGUAUAUUCAACAUGGAAUUUAGAAUGGCUACAUUCCAAAAUGCCAUUUAAAUCAAAUGUUCCAAGUAUAAAUAGUGCAGACAAAUUGAAUUUUCCCGAAAUUUCUGGCAGGAUUAAAAGUUUUGUGGACUUUAAUGGUGAUAAAUUUACUGAUUUGAUAAUAUUUAACGAACAAGAGAAAAAAAUUAAAGUAUUAUUGUGGAACAAUACUGAAGGAGAGUUUUAUAAUGGCCCCAUGGUAAAUUUUGAGGACAAAUUAGCAUCCAUAAUAGCUACAGACUGGACAGGAAAUGGUAAAAUAGAUAUUAUGGCAACUUUUUAUAAAGAACGGAAAACUCAUGGUAAUAAGCACGACAAAAUUGGAUUAAUGUUAUUUUCUUACAACCCUGAAAGUAUGGAACUAGAAAAGGUAUGGUUUUCACAGGACGGUGAUUUUUCAGUGGUUGAUCCUUUAGCAAUUGACAUUAAUGGAGAUGGAAUGUUGGAUCUAUUGGGUGAGUCAGAGAAUGGGAAAAGAUUCAUUUGGGUAAAUGAGAAUAACAUCGAUUCUGUUUUAGAUCAAAAAAGUUAUAACCAUGGCAGCUCACUUGAUUACAUAUUUUUUAAAAAGUAUGAAUGGGGAAGUGAGAUUAGUCAAUGGGUAGAUCUAGAAUCGUCAAAUUAUAGCUAUGGCCGCUUAGUUGAAAAUCAUUCUUCCGCAUUCGUAGAUAUGGAUGGAGAUUGCAGAUCAGAUUUAGUUCUUGAAGUUUAUUAUGAAGACUCAAAUGGAGACUAUAAUCAUCCUGGCUCUCCAGUUAGAAAGGGUUUGGAAAUCUGGACGAACGAAAUAGUUGGAGAUAUAUCCGUGUUCAGAAGAUAUUUUCAUAAUACCCAUCAAAAAAACAAUAAAUUAGGUUUGACACUAUUACCAAUUGGUGCUUUGAGUAUUUCAUACUCAGAUUUUAAUAGAGAUGGAACUACGGAUCUUAUCGUACCUGUUUGCCACCUAGGCAGUUUUGGGUGUGAGUCGAAAAGCCGUUUAGUUUUUGUACCUAAUAUACAUGAAUAUAAAGACUGUACUAGUACAAACCAGUUUGGCUUUUCUAUAUAUAAAAGUAAUAUAAAGGAAAAUGAUAGUGAAUUUACUAUUAAGUGCAGGAGCCCGAGUAUGUAUUGUUCUGCAUCUCCAUUUAAAAUUCACAGCUUUACGGAUGAUGACAUUAAUCUUAUUUUUCAGGAACUCGAAUCUUAUGAUACUAAUAAAAAUACCGUUGGAUUUUUUUCAUCUUUAUUCGGAGGAAAGAAGGUUGAAAGCCAUUCUAUGGGUUCAAUUUUUAAUGAUUUUACAGUUUCUGUGAUUUCAGAUAAUAUUAUUGAUGAUAAUACUACUUUAGAGAAGAUAAGUGGCCAAUAUACUACUGGAAGUGCAUUGGAGAAUUUUCAGAUAAACAAUAUGGCCAACCAAGUUGCAUCUUUUUUUUCGUUUUUUCCUAGUAAUAAAGGCGUUAAAGAAACCAUUAUGCAGUGGGCUACAAACAGAAAUGAUCAGCUAGAAAUAAAUGUAGGAGAUUUUAAUUUGGAUGGGUAUCCGGAUAUACUUGCAAUAUUAAAGUUCGGAAAUGGCACAAGGCAAACAAAACUUAUAGAGAAUUUACCCAUUGAAAAAACAAUGGUUAUUAACAAAACAAAUGAAUUAAUAGGUCAGUUUAAUUCCAAAGAACACAACUUAGAUGCCAGUAAUUCCAAUGUUACAAGUUCAAAAGAAAAAAACAAACUCCAUGAAAUAUUAUUUAAAAUUUUCAAGUCUGCAUUUCGAUUUUUAUCUAAGUUUGUAACAAAUAAUGACAUCAUCCAAAGUGGAGAUCCUCUUUACAGAAGAUUUGCAGUUUCAAGUUCUGUAUCAACUUUUACAAAUUUUUCUGUUGAUUAUGCAGCAUUUUAUGACUUUUUUGAGGAUGGUAAUUUGGAUAUUAUUUCAGUUUCUUAUCCAGAAAAAAGUGGUAAAUCUAAAGUUUCAUUGAAUAUUGCCUCCCCAGACAAUCCAAAUCUUUUUGUUAAAGUUUCCGUAUUGAAUUUUCCCGUGAUCUCAAAAUCGUUUCACGGAGAUACAAAAAAAACAGGAACUACUUUUUUUGGAGCCACUGUCAAAAUUAGAAUGACUGGAUUAGUGGGCGACGACAUUUUAAUGACAGCAACGCAAAUGUCUCAUUCUACCGGAAAAAUCCUUCAGACCCCUUUCGUAUUAUUUGGAUUGGGGAAAACAAACAAUUAUAUAGAAGAAUUAUAUGUAGGAACAAACUAUAUUAAUAGAAAGUUGCUUUCAGGAAGUAAUUCAAUUUUAGAAUAUAGACAACUGUUUAGUGAUGGAAUAACAAAAUGGAAUGAUCGAAGUUCUCAAUUUACAUACACUAAUAUUUGGACGGGCCUUAUUCCAAACACUCAAAUCAUUGCCCAGCUUAAUCCUUUAGAUACUCCAAAUUAUUGGACACUCGUUCUUUCAGUUAGUCCUCAAAAGACUAUAAGAGGUGUUUUAAUUGUAUGCGCCCUAGCACUACUCAUUAUCGGUAUAAUUAUAAUUAUAUUAGACAGAAAAGAAAAGGCUGAAGAUUUGAAAGAACAUCAAGGCUUCAAAAGUAACUUCAUUUCCGCAUAA